UGUUUACUUUGUAUGAUGAGCAAAUCUCCAAUAUUGAAGAUUCACAAAUUGUAUUAUCUUCUCAUCCAAUCCCCAGUUCCAGUGAGGCGCUUACUUUGCAUGAUGAGGAUGACAAAUAUUUUGAUAAAUUUCAUAAUUGCUGUAGGCCCUUGUCAGCCAUGUACAAAUAAAUUUCAAUAUCCUGUUACUAACAAGAGGAGCAUGAAUAUAACCUAUUAUAGAAAGGUUAAUAUAGAUGGUUCCCUCAACCCCAGAAAUUGGCUAUCUUAUAGCACUACUUUAGACAAAGUCUUUUGUCUAUAUUGUAUUAUGUUUGGUGGCCCUAAGUCCAAUACUUUUUGGACUCAACAUGGGGUAAAUAAUUGGAAAAACAUAAAGCGUGACUUAGAGAGACACGAAGCAUCUUCUCUUCAUAAAGAUUGUGAAUAUGCAAACAUGACUUGGCUUGCAAAUAAACGCAUUCAAGAUCAUUUGCUAUCAAAUAAGCUUGAUAUAAUCAUGGAAAAUCCCUUUUGGGGUUCUAAUUCGAAUGAAGGUAAUUUUAUGUGUCUCAUAAAAUUAAUGGCAAAAACGGUUCCAACUUUACGUGCAUACAUGGAUAACAACGAAAAAUUGCGGAGAAAAAAAUCAGAUAAAAUUUCAAGACCUUAUAUAAAUUUACUGUCAUAUGGCCACAGAAUCGUGCCUAUAGCAUCAUAUUAG